AUGAGUUCUUAUUUUCUAAACUCGUUCGCAGGGCGCUAUCCAAAUGGCUCCGACUAUCAGUUGCUAAAUUAUGGGACUAACGGCGCUAUGAACGCUUCGUACAGGGACACCGCCACCAUGCACUCGGGCUCCUUCGGCUAUAACUACAAUGGAAUAGACCUAAGUGUAAAUCGCUCAAACGGCAAUGGGCAUUUCGGGGCUGCAGCCGGAGACAAUUCCCGUAGUUUCCAGAACGCGGGCCCGGACACCCGCUACAGACCGCCGAGCUGUUCGCUCGCCUCUCCAGAUCCCCUGCCUUGUGCCAACACCGACACCUUGGAUCUGAAGGGACCCUCCACCACGUCUGACCAGAGCACAGUCACAGUCAACAACAACAACCUUAAAAACAGCGGCAGUCUUACCAACAACAGUAGCACACAGUUUGCUGAAAUCGAGGACACCAGCGUCUCCUCCGAAACCGAGGAAAGCGCACACGGCGCUGCCAACCCCACUCCCCGGGCGCAGAAACAAGAAUCUAUCGCCACAUCCACCACAACACCCAGCGAUGGGCAAACGCCUCAAAUAUUCCCUUGGAUGCGGAAACUGCACAUUAGCCAUGAUAUGACUGGACCUGACGGGAAACGGGCCCGAACCGCGUACACCCGCUACCAGACACUCGAGCUGGAGAAAGAGUUCCAUUUUAAUCGGUACCUAACCCGGAGGAGGAGGAUAGAGAUAGCCCACGCGCUGUGCCUGUCGGAGAGGCAAAUUAAAAUUUGGUUCCAGAAUCGGCGGAUGAAAUGGAAGAAGGACAACAAACUGAAAAGCAUGAGUCUCGCUACGGCUGGUAGCGCUUUCCAGAACUGACAGUCGCUAACGUGGAGUUGAAGUGUUUUCUCUCCCCAGCCGUGAUACUGCAAACUGCCCCUGCACUCAUCGGCAUGUUGUGGUCAUGAGACGACAUCCAAUUUCCAAUGUGGUCUUGAUGAUGCACAAAUAGUGUUGUUAAGUAUUCUCAUAGCUCUUAUGAUUUUGAAGAAAAAAAGAUGAAGCCACAAUAGCAUAAAUAUUGUCAUAUAUAGUGCAAAUGUCAUGUGCCAGGUUUAUACUUUCGUGCAGUGAGCAUGUCCUAUGUGAGACAUUUAGAUGUGUGUAACGUAUUCAAAAUUGACCCGUUGUACAGUGUACAGUCUUCCAUCUCAUUCUACUUUUAACCGUUAAAAGAAAUUGAACAUAAAAAAUAACUUCUAUGGACCACUGCAUAAAGCUUGCGUAGGAGCUACAGUGUAUGAUUCCAGCCUUCGAUGUUUCUGUGGUGUUCAAUGCAAUAUGCGCAUACCCCCCAUUUCUUCCUAUCAGAAAAAUGCCGUAAAGGUUUAAGCUCUGUCUUUCCAUCAAAUACAUUUGUGUAGUAAACUAUUUUGCAUUGCAGUAAUGAACUUGGCCAAAUGUUUCCAUCAAGGAACCAACUGUGUUUAAAAAAAAAAAGUUUCAAUGUGACCAAUAUGUUAUUUGUAGGCCUAGUGCGCAAAGUGAAUGGUUAAAUGUUUUGUGAUGGCAGAAGUUAUGUUGAGAAAAAUGUCAUUUUUUGCCCAUAGGGUCUUUGUAUUUGUAUCUUAACAUUAGUA